CGGCUCAUCCCCAUCCCAGGGGAGGGGGAAGCAUCCCGGGCUGCCCAGGCUCGGCCGGGCUGGAGCUGCUGCCCUGCGGGGGCUCAGGUGGAUCGGGGGCUGCUCGGAGCUGGAGAAACCCCGUGGUGGUUGGAAAAUGAAAGCUGCGUGUGCUUUCGGAGGCUUUGGGAGGCUGUGCCGCUGUGUGGCGGGAGCAAACAGCGAUGUAAACAGCCGGGGGCGAGUCUUUAUCAUCACAGAAAAAUCCAGCGGGUGGGGUGGAUGCUGCUGGGCAGAGGAAACGCUGCGGAGGAAACGCCAGGCGGCCGAGGCAGCGUUACCGCCAGCUUUGCGGAGGUGCAGGCUGUUAUUUGGAGUACGAGGCAAUGAAGGAUUUCCAGGAUGCGCUCCCUUCAUAACGGAGCGUUGCUCAAGGCUCCGUAGUUGGGAAGAGCUCGGCGAAUGAAAUCCUGCUCCGACAAGUUUUGGAGGAGCCGAAGUAAACACCGCUCCCUUUCCCCGGCUGCUCCUGACACGGCAUCUCCCCGGGCCGCCUUUCCCGCAGGAAUUUCUCUUCUGGGAGCCGCGGCGGGGUCGAGCUGUGAGCUGAGAGCUGAGAGCUGAGAGCUGUGAGCUGUGAGCUGUGAGCUGUGAGCUGUGAGCUGUGAGCUGUGAGCUGAGAGCUGAGAGCUGAGGAGAGCUGAGAGCUGAGAGCUGAGCCCCCUCCCCUGCGCCCGGAGGCAGCGGCAGCCCCGGCACCCAGGUAAUUUCGCAGAGCAAGGACGCGGAGUUUGGCCUGACCAUGGCCAUGGUGGUGCUGGAGAAGCUGAGCCAGCUCUUCAUCAGCGUGAGGCAGCUGCCGGGGCUGCUGGGGCCGCUGUCCCCGGGCACGGUGAGCAGCGCCGAGGUGCCCCCGGUGUUCUGGAAGCCCUACAUCCACGUCGGCUACCGGCCCGUGCGCCAGACCUGGCGCUACUACUUCUCCACGCUCUUCCAGCAGCACAACGAGGCCGUCAACGUGUGGUCGCACCUGGCGGCCGCGCUGGUGCUGCUGCUGCGCCUGCAGCACCUCUGGCAGCGCGUGGACUUCGGGCAGGACGCGCACGCCCGGCCCCUGCUCAUCAUCCUGGCCGCCGCCAUCACCUACCUGACCUUCAGCAGCCUGGCCCACCUGCUGCAGGCCAAGUCCGAGUUCUGGCACUACAGCUUCUUCUUCAUGGACUACGUGGGGGUGGCCGUGUACCAGUACGGCAGCGCCCUGAGCCACUUCUACUACGCCAUCGAGCCGGGCUGGCACCGCCUCGUGCGCGGCUUCUUCCUGCCGCUGGCGGCGGCGCUGGCCUGGCUGUCCUGCGCCGGUUCCUGCUACGCCAAGUUCCACUUCCACCCGCGCUGCUCGCUGCCCGGCCGCCUGUGCCAGGAGCUGCCCUCGGGGCUGGCCUACCUGCUGGACAUCAGCCCCGUGCUGCACCGCAUCUGCACGGCCGCGCGCCCCGACCCCGCCCUGCUCUACCACAAGUGCCAGGUGCUCUUCUUCCUCCUGGGAGCCUUCUUCUUCUCCCAUCCCUACCCCGAGAAGUGGUUCCCCGGGAGGUGCCACUUCGUGGGGCAGAGCCACCAGAUCUUCCACGUGUUCCUGGUGCUCUGCACGCUGGCGCAGAUCGAGGCCGUGGUGCUGGACUACGAGUCCAGGAGGGAGAUCUACUCCUCCCUCCAGCAGGGCCUGGCUCAUGACUUCUCGGCCCUGUUCCUGCUCACCGUCACCUGCUCCGUCCUCACGGCCGCCUACAUGGCCCGCAGGGUGAGGAACAAGCUGGGCCUCAAGGAAGAGUAAAGUGAGCUCAGCCCAAACCCAGCACCAAGCCCCCAGAUGCUGCUUCAGGAACUGUUACUCAGCAAGUGCUUUCUAUAGGGAAUGAGAGAUGCUUUUAAUGCUUUUUUAAUCCAGCCUAAGUUCCGGCUUGCUCACAGAAUGGUACAGGGUUCAUGAAGUUCAGCUCAGAAUAAACAGUUGGAACAAA